AUGGAGACUUUGUAUAUUAAUCGAAGACUGAAGAAGCUUAAUACAGAAUCAGAGAAGUCGAAGAGUACGGUGAAGAAAAGAAGGAAGGACUCGCUUGAUAGUGAGGAAUUAGAGAAUGAAGCUUUGGCAAAGGUACAGACAGAAAGAAAAGUUACGAAGAUUCCAUUUUAACCAAGAAGACUACGAAGACGCUGUAAAGGCUAUAAGGGAAGGAAAGGACCAGAUCAGGAUAUAUUUUGGCCUAUGCUGCCUGCGGAAAAGCCAAGUAAAGAAUUACGGCAUUGUAAAGGACCUUGUACGGAUUGUGAAGACAGAAAAAGACCGUGAUAUUUUGUAUGAAGCAAGCUGCCUUUUGUUGGAUCUGUGUAACGGCACACAGAAACAAGUACUCCAUUUGAUACAGAAUACAGCCCUAGAUGGGCUUAGAGAGAUGAUAAUCAUGCAGGAUGAAGAAAUUUCGAAGUUUGCGAUUAAUACUUUGGUGAAUUGGGCAAUCAAAUCAGCAAGUGUCAGGGACUCUUUGGUACAAGAAGAUACCCAUACUUUUAUCAUUGAUCUGCUACCUGACCUGGAAGAGGGACAAAUGGUCAAUGACUGAUUAAUCUUUCUUUGAAAUCUUUUUAGAAAGCAUCCUAUGAUGGAAGAUCAAUAUGUAAAAGCUAUUAUUCCUGGCUUAAUUACUUAUUUAAAGUGGCUGGAUGAUACGCUCGAGCUUGAAACUAUUUUAGAGAUGGAGGGAUUAGGUAUUGAAGAUGAGGAUAUUUUUCAAACUUCAAAGGAAAAUACGAGGAAAGAUAUUACAAUUUCUAUACUUUGGGCUCUAUCUUUUCUUCCAGAGAGAAAGAUCUGCAAAUUAUGAAUGCUAGACGAGGACCUGAUGCUCUUGGUUCUCAAAUGCUUUAGAGAGAGUAAGAAUCCAUACCUCAGGCUUCCAGCACUCAGGUUUCUUGGGAAUGUUUGCUCAGAUGAUGACAUCUUGGCAAAGAAACUAAUGGUUGAUUACAACUUUGCAGAAGCACUGAAGACAUCCAUCAAGGACAAGAAGACUUUUCUACGUAAGGAAACUUGCUGGGUGGCAUCAAACAUAGUCUGUGGGCCGAUGUCAAACAUUUUCCUGGUCAUGAAGAACCUUUUGGAAGAUAUUUGUCAUAUGUACCUUUAUGAUACACCUCAAAUAAUGGAGGAAGCAAGUUGAAUUCUUCUGAACUGAACUCAGAAAAUAAAUGAGAGAACUAUUGAGUGUUUAUGAAAGGCUGAUAUCAUUGAUAUCUUUGCUAAGAAGAUUGAACAAGAGAAGCUGAAUGAAACUCAGGAGGAUAUUAUCCUCACUUUUCUAGAGGAAUUUCUGAAGAAAACAAUGAGAUUUCCUCCCCAUAAAGAAAUCAAGACUAUUUACAGAGAGAGCAAGGUAAUGGAAUUCAUAAAAGAGAAAGCUCUUACAAAGAGUGAGUCUUCUAAUGGUAUCAAAGCCUAUGAUAUCCUAGCAAGGUACUUUCGUGAUAUCAAAGAAGAGCUUUUUCCUAAAUAA